AUGGAUAUGAAGGAAGAAGCGGAGGAGAUGGAGUACAAGCGCCCGGCCCCGAUCGAAGUUUUCGCCAGCCACUCAACGCUGCACGGCAUCUCGCACAUGUUCACGUACGAGCGGGCGUGCAUCAAGCGCAGCCUGUGGAUACUCUUUUUCCUGGGGUCGCUGGGGGUGCUGGCCAUGGUGUGCGUGGACCGGGUGCAGUUCUACUUCCAGUACCCCCACGUGACCAAACUGGACGAGGUGGCGGCGGCGCAGAUCCCCUUCCCCGCUGUCACCUUCUGCAACCUCAACUCCUUCCGUUUCAGCCGGGUGACGCGCAACGACCUGUACCACGCUGGCGAACUGCUGGCCUUGCUCAACGGCAGGUACGAGAUCCGGGACACCCACAUGGUGGAGGAGAAUGUGCUGCAGGUUCUGAAGGAGCGGGCUGACUUUGACAACUACAAACCUCGGCCAUUCAACAUGCGCGAGUUCUACGACCGCACGGGCCACGACAUCAAGGACAUGCUGCUGUCCUGUUUCUUCAGAGGAGCCGACUGCAACGCUGAGGACUUCAAAGUGUCGCAUUCCCUGCUUUUGUUUUGCUCUUCUGUUCUGUCUGAGGUGAGGUACGAGAUCCGGGACACCCACAUGGUGGAGGAGAAUGUGCUGCAGGUUCUGAAGGAGCGGGCUGACUUUGACAACUACAAACCUCGGCCAUUCAACAUGCGCGAGUUCUACGACCGCACGGGCCACGACAUCAAGGACAUGCUGCUGUCCUGUUUCUUCAGAGGAGCCGACUGCAACGCUGAGGACUUCAAAGUGUUUGACGACCUACUGACCCGCAUUGGCGCUAGGAUCUCCUACCAGGACACCAACUCUAUUCCAGCUGAAGAGCGCCUGUCCAUCUGUCUGUGGUUUCUUGCCACUGGGGACUCCUACAGGACCAUUGCGGGGAGCUUCAGAGCGGGCAUAUCCACCGUCUCCAUGCUCAUCCCAGAUGUGGUGGCAGCCAUCUGGGACUGCCUCGUGGAGGAGUUCAUGGCUGUGCCUGGAGCAGAGGAGUGGAGGUAA